AUGUCCAAUAACAAAAUACUUUUUUGCCUCGUUGAGGGUGGCUCUAAAGAGAAAGCUUUUAAAGUUAUUGCUGGAACAGAUGAUGAUGUUAGUGACCUCAAGGAAAAAAUCAAGGGGAAGAGACCUAAUACAUUCACCAAUACUGAUGCAGCUGAGAUUGUGCUGUGGAAAGUAAACAUUCCAAUUGAUGAAGAUGCCAUGGAGGUUGACAUUUUCCUCAAAGACAUACAAGAUAAAUUAAAAUUGUCAAUCCCUACUAGAAAAAUUUGUGAUGUAUUUACCGAGAACAUCGCAGAUGCUUCUAUUCAUAUUAUUGUCAAACAGCCCUCUGGGCAAGGUAACUCCACUGAUGUAUUUUCCCUGAUCGAGGAACUUAAUAAUAAAGUGGAAAGUGUUGAUAAUAAAUUGGAAAGUGGUUUUAGAAAUGUUGAUAAUAAAGUGGAAAGUGGUUUUAGAAAUGUUGAUAAUAAAGUGGAAAGUGGUUUUAGGAAGGUACAAAAUGCUAUGGAUCAAUCGCUCUAUUCAUCAGGUAUUGCAACAGAAACUGAUAAGGGCAAAGAAGUGCGAGAAAAUGGAACCCAAAUUGACUUUCCACUCAAUGUGACCACAAGUACCAAAUCAAAAACACCUGGAAAGUUUUCAAAUCCGCCUAACAAAGAUGCAGAUGUAGAUGAAGAGGAAAUACAAGAUUACUUUAUGAGCGAAUGCAAUGUACUAAAAAAUUAUGGACCUUUAAAAAGCAAGCUUAAGCUUAUUGUUGAAGAUACACGUAAUUCACCAGUACUGGCAACUCGAAAACCAGAUUUUGUACUCAUUCCAAGAUAUUCACAUUUAGAUUACUUAAAUGUUAUAGCCAUUGGUGAGAUAAAGAAGCUAACUAGUGCAAAUUUUAGCAAUGCACAAAUAGGACAAGCAGUAUCAUAUGGUGAAAAACUACUGCAACUUCAGCCACAGCGAAAUUUUGUAUUUGUAGUGUUGACAGAUUGUAUUACAAUUAAUAUCUAUAAGGUGUCUAAAGUUGAUAACUAUCAAAAGUCAAUCACUCAGUUCAAAUAUGAAUACAUAGCACCCCAACCUAUGGAAUACAACAGCAGUAAUAAUAAUGGGUGGAAAUACCUGGUAACAUUUAUGGAAAGCUCACCAAGUGAACUGGGAUGGAUAGAACCAUCAUUAAAAUUUGGCAGUGAAACUGUAAAUCUGGUUCGAUCUGCUGGUGUGGGUAGAACUAGUGUUGUAUAUGAGGGAAAGCAUAAUGAUGAAUUUGUGGUUGUAAAAAUGGCAAAAAAGGUGGAAUAUCUACUUUGUUUUGAAAGGGAAAAAGAUGUAUUGGAAAAAUUGUCAACUCUUAAUUCACCUUAUAUUCCAAAGAUCCUAUUUAACAAUUAUAACACACUUGUUAUUACCUCACAUGGUGUGAAAGUUAAUAAUUUGAGAAAGAAAGAUAUCAAAGACAUCAUUACCACCCUCCGAGAUGUUCAUUCAUGUGGAAUUAUACAUAGAGAUCUUAGGAAAUAUAACUUUCUUUGCAAUUUUGAUGAUUUAAGUGAAAAUAUUCUUAUUAUUGAUUGGGGAUAUAGUACAAGUAAUUCUGAAAGUACUAAAUUUGCAGGUGCAUUGGAAUGUAUGCCAAAUGAAGUCCUGGAAUCAUUAAUCAAUGGGGAAGAGAUCAUUUAUGGGCCAAAAGUUGACUUGAUGUGUUUUGUGCGUUCAUUUUAUUUAAUGAUCCAUAGACCAUCACUGGAUAGGUCUCCCUUUGAUAAAGAUUAUGAUAUUAAAAAACGAGCACAGACAUUGUUAAAUUUCUGGAGUGGUUGUGGAAAAUCAGAUGUAUGGGACAGUAUUUAUAAUGCAAUAGAGGAAUUAGACUAUGACAAAUUAAUUCAAGAGCUUGAGAGGAUUUUUUAA